GCAAGAUCGAAGGUCGAUGACGAAAGAGAGAUAGAGGGAGAAAAGGAAAGCUUGAUAGUGUCGCACACGAGAAUCUAUCUCAGUUUUCAAUCUGGCAGUGACUCUUGCUUCUUCACAGGCUAGCAAUGACUUUGCUCCCCUCUUUCACCAAUUCGUGGCUUGAUCUCUUGUUUCUUUUGUGUCUCUGCCUAGUGUAGAAAUGAGAUCGGCUGUGAACGUCUAGGAGGUCUUCAAGUUCAACUAUGUACUUACUUCAGUCGACGUCGCCUUGGGAUCAGUAUAUUUGGAAGGAAAGACCGAUCACGCUGCGCAGAAAGAUCAGUUUUCAUACGCCGAUGCUAUUACUUUAUCGAAAUCCAAGCACAAAAAUGGCCUUCGUGUUCAAUCGAUUACUUGGCUGUGCGGAUCUCAAACUCCACGAAAUGUCGCUUAGGCACCUCCUGAAUCUUCUUGCAUGCUCAAAAACAUACGAUUACGACCGUCGACUGAUCACGUUGAUUCCGUGCACCUUAUGACAAUUCAAAUCUCUAUCUGAUGCUGGAAAAGUCUAAAGGAGUUAGUAGUUCAGUAAUCCAAAAGGCAUGGCCCUCCUUCAGAAAUUCAAGAACUGAAAAAAUUUCCAUGAUUACUAGGCAUGUUGAUCUUCGGGGGAAGGGCUCUCGAAUGCUUGUUAGGCUUGAAGCGAUAAGUACUACGAGGCAUGAUUAUGAUGAGCCUGAUUUACAAUAAUUCAGCCAGUAGCAGAUAACUGAAACUCGGCGACUAGCUUUUUUUUUAGGAAGACCAGGCCCCUCCGUCCUUCUCGUGAUGCAUGUGCACAGCAGAGCCGGCGCGCAGAAUGUGGCAGCGCGCCAGCGAUAUGUCUGCCCUCUCUUCAUGUUAGCACCUCGCCCCCGGCCGGGAAAGGCACGGGAGCGCGCCUAAGUCUCUCGACAUUUUGCCCACCUCCCUGCAUUAGCGCAGGCUCGUCAGUCAGGCAGUCGCUUGGCCUCGGCAGCCGAUGUGAGUGCCUGUUUGACUUUGUGCGUGUUUUGCUUGCUCUUGUGUUGGUUUUCCUGUUAUUUCGUUUCCUGGGACCGCUCGCGAGGUUUGUCGGGUUGUUUGGGCUUUUCGUGUUCCCGUCUCGGUCUUUGUUGUUUCCUGGUUUUUUCUGUUAUUCUUUUUGCUCUUGGUUUGUUGGGUGUGUGUGUGUGUGUGUGUGUGUGUGUGUGUGUGUGUUUUCUCGGUUUUUUCUGUUAUUUCUUUCUUCUUUCGUUGUGUCUUUUGUGGUUUUUUUCUGUUUUUUGUUAUUGUUUUCGGCUUCUGACGCCGUGGGCAUCGUCUCUGCUGCCACCGUGGCGCCGUUCGCCGUUUUCGGUUUCGGUUGUCCUGCCUUCCUAUGUUUGGGUGGGUUUUUUCUGUUGUGUUUUUGCCUGGUGAUUUUUUCAGCUGUUUUAUGGUGUUUCUGGCUCUCUUUUUCUGUUAUUCUUUUUGUUUUGUCGUCGUGUUUGGGUCUUUGUUUGUUUGUUUGUUUGUUUUGGUGUGUGUCCUUGUUGUCUGUGUUCUGGCUCGUUUCGUGUCCAGCGAUCGCGCACGGCUUACCUGUCGGAGAGCCGUUUUCUUCUUUUUUCGUGUUGGUUUUUCUGUUAUUUUUCGUGGUGGAGCUCAGGCUGAUUCUUGGCUCCUCAGGUUUUUUCUGUUACUUUUGCUUAUUUUUCCUCGUCUCUUUGUUUUUCUUCUGUUUUUGUUGUUCUUGUUCUUUUGGGGUCUGUUCCCGUUUGCACCGUGAAGCCGCCUGUUUGUCUUCGUGUUUGGUCGUUUUUUUCUGUUAUUUUUUCUCUUGUUUCUGUCCUUUUCUUUUUUGUUGGGUUUUUUCUGUUAUUUUUGUGUCUUUUGUUGCUUUUGUGUUGUGUGUUCUUUUUGGGGUCUUUUCUGGUUUUUUGUGUCGUUGUUUUGGGCUCUUUGGGCUUCGUGUGGUUGUCGAGGUUUUUCUGUUAUUUUGUUCUCCUACCUUUCUGUCGUUUGGUGGUUCUGGUAGCGGGUUUCGCGUCUUCUUGCUGCCAGGUGGGUCGCGGUGCUCUUGUAGUCUCAUGGCUCUCGCCUCGUGGGGUUGUUGUGGUGUGGGUGUUGUGUCUGCUGGUGUGUGUUGUGCUCCUUCUGUGCGUGUGUCUCGCUCCGUGGUGGUCGUGGUUGUCGUGUGUGUGUUCAGUCUUCUGUUGUCGUGCCACCGGGUUGUUGGGUGGUUAAGGGCUUCCCCCUCACAGGUCGCCGGGUGUUGGUUCAGUUGUCAUCGGCGGGCUCGAGGGGUCGGCGUGUGGUCGUGGUUUCUGUCUUGUGUGGUUUGUUCUUGUCAUCGAAAGACCUGCAGGUCGGCGCCGUUGUUGUCAUCUGCGUCUUUUUUGUGUAUUCCAUUGGUCGGGCCUCAGGUGUGUAGUCGGUUGGGCACGGGUUGCCGGUGGCUUGUGGUGUUCUUUCGUCGAGUGUUCCAAGGAGUUUCGGCUCGGUCGUUCGUCGGUGCAUAGGAUGAGGGAAUUGAGAAGCAUCGCGCGUCGGCCUGUGCUUGUGUGAGGGGUUUGGGGCUCCUGGUCUUCUAUUAACAUCUCUUGAAUGUAGUAUCUUUCAUAAAACAACGAAUGGGAGGGCUGA